GAGGAUGGAGCCGCACAGCCGUUCUGCCCGGAGCAGAAAGUCCACAAAAUUCCGCUGCAUCUCCCGUUCCCUGACCCUCUGCAACGCCAAGACCAGUGACGACGGCUCCAGCCCCGAGGAGAAGUGCCCGGAUCCCUGUGAGAGUCCGCUGGCCCAGGGCAAGGAGGGAAUUUUCCACUCGCCCGUGCAGCUGGCAGACACGUCCGAGGCUGGGCCCGGCAGCGUCCCCGGCCUGGCGCUGUCCUCUGAGGCUGCCGCUCUCCAGGCGGCUGGGACUGAUGGAGGCAAGGCCUGCAGGAGGACGUUCUUGCCCAAGGAAGCGUCUACAACUUCCUCUCGAGAAAAGUCCGGAAAACUUGAAGCACAAAGUAUCUUCCUGCUGCCCAAAGCCGGUCACCACAGGACACGCAGCAACUCAACCAGUGUUAAUCCCUACUGCACAGCAGAGACAGAUUUUCCAGUGGCCAGGACGACGGCCGCGUCCACAGACAGGCCUCCCUAUUCCCUCUGCAGCGACAGGAAGUCUCUGUCUCAGCAGCUGGACUGCCCCGCGGGGAAGGCUGGGGGCUUGUCCAGACCCACGCGGUCCCUGAGCACAGCUCAGCUCCUGCAGCCCUCUGGGGGCCUCCAGGCUUCCGUCAUCUCCAACAUCGUGCUGAUGAAGGGCCAGGCCAAGGGCCUGGGCUUCAGCAUCGUUGGGGGAAAGGACAGCAUUUACGGCCCCAUUGGAAUUUACGUCAAAACCAUCUUUGCCGGGGGAGCCGCGGCAGCCGAUGGCCGGCUCCAAGAAGGUGAUGAAAUUCUGGAGCUCAAUGGUGACUCCAUGGCCGGGCUGACACAUCAGGACGCUCUGCAGAAGUUCAAGCAAGCCAAAAAGGGGCUGCUGACCCUCACGGUGAGGACCCGCCUGACCGCCGCUGCGCCCUCCCUGAGCUCCAGCACCUGCGCGCCCGCGGCCAGCGGCUCCUUCCCCCUGGAGAACGCUGAGGCUCCUGCUGCCACCUCGAAGCCCAGCUACAGAGUCAUGGUGGAGGUUUCUCUGCAGAAGGAGGCCGGCGUUGGUCUGGGGAUCGGCCUGUGCAGCGUCCCCUACGUCCAGUGCGUCUCGGGAAUCUUCGUCCACACGCUGUCUCCGGGGUCCGUGGCGCAUUUGGACGGACGGCUCCGGUGUGGCGACGAGAUCGUGGAGGUCAACGACGCGCCCGUUCACUGCAUGACGCUCAACGAAGUCUACGGGGUCCUGAGUCACUGUGACCCCGGGCCGGUCCCCAUCAUUGUCAGCCGGCACCCGGACCCACAGGUCUCUGAACAGCAGUUCAAAGACGCUGUGGCCCAGGCUGCGGAGAACCUCAAGUUUGGAAAAGAGAGGCACCAACGGAGCCCGGACGGUGUCAAAAGGCUGGAGAGCAGCUGGCACGGGCGGCCCACGGCCGAGAUGGAGAAGGAGGGGGAGAGCUCGGCACCCCCACAGCGCAGGGCUCAGAAGGUCAUGAUCCGCUCCAGCAGCGACAGCAGCUACAUGUCGGGGUCCCCCGGGGGCAGUCCCGGCCACGGUGCCCGUGAGCAGCAGCCCUGGGGCCCGGAAGGCAGCACAGACAGCCCCAGGGUGUCCCUGGGGCAGGACGCCCGGCCCCCCCAGGAGAGCCCAGGCUUCCUGGAGACACAGGAGGACCACCGGCCCCUGAGACAGAAGAAAUCGUUUGAGAUUUUCGUAAGGAAGCCGACAUCCUCCAAGCCCAAGCCUCCGCCCAGGAAAUACUUUAAGGGUGACAGUCACCUGCAGCCGAGUCCGGAGGAGAGCGCCGACGCCCACAUCCAGGUGAGUGGCUCCUGGGCCUGGGGGCACCGCACCGCAGCUGAGGCUGCUGUCCCGACCCUCCGCGUCGCCCUCCGGGCCCAAGCAAAGUCCCUGCCUUCGCGUCUCACAGCUGAAGGCGGCGUUUUGACACAGCCUCACUUCCUGUUUACACCACAGGAAGCCAGAGGGCCGCUGCCCCCGCAGGAAGUCACGGCAGCGAGAGCCCCCCCUGCCCUUGCCUGGUGCCCAGGACCUGCAGUCGGCCUGCAGACGGCGUCCCCCACAGCGGCCGGGCCGGGACGGAGAGGAGGCAGCCCAGGUCGGUCCCUCAGCCCGUCAGAGGGGCGCCUGGUGCACAAGGUCCCACGGGAAGGGACUGAGCCGUCUCCAGUGAAACACCCAGCGCUGAAGAGGCAGGCGCGGGUGGACUGCGGCCCUGACGGCACGGCCGAGGACCCCUGGGUCAGAAUCUCUGACUGUAUCAAGAGCCUGUUCAGCCCCAUCAUGAGCGAGAACCACAGCCACACACCACUCCAGCCCCAGGUCAGCCUCGCUGGAGAUGGACAUCAGGGCCACCCGGAAGGGACCCCCACAAAGCUGGACACCAGCAAUGGUGCUCCCAAAGUUUACAAGUCAGCAGAGAACAGCAUCGUGAAGAAGGGGCCUCCCGUGGCCCCCAAGCCAGCCUGGUUUCGCCAGAGCUUGAAAGGGUUGAGGCAUCGAGGCCCAGACCCCAAGCAACUGCCCACAGCCUCCUCCACGAAGCCCACGCCAGCCCCCAGGGAGCUCCUGGGGCCACAUGCACGGGCCUCCAGCUCCAUCCAGCAGAGAAUCAGCUCCUUUGAGACCUUUGGCUCCUCUCAGCUGCCUGACAGAGGGGCCCAGAGGCUGAGCCUGCAGCCCCCCAGCUCCUCGGCAGAGGCCACGAAGCCUCCUGAGAAACAAGAGGGAUGGGUCCCUGGCCUCUUGGGGCGAGGGGCUCCCUCCACCGUUGAGCAGCCACACCCACAGCAAGAGCAGCUCCCUGGUCCCCACGCAGCCACGGAGGCCAGCGACCUGGGUGCGUCGGGGACCCCUCCCCGAGGGCGGCUGCCCAGUGAGAAAGCCCUGACCCCUGACCCUCUCCUGAGGCUGCUGUCCACACAGACUGCGGAACCACCAGGCACAGUGGUCAAGAUGCCAAGCCAGCGGGCACGCAGCUUCCCACUGACCAGGACCCAGUCUUGCGAUGCCCAGCUGCUGGACGACAGAACCUGCAAGCUCUACUCCAUCAGCAGCCAUGUGUCCUCAGCUGUCAUGAAGUCCCUGCUGUGCCUCCCCUCCUCACUCUCCUGCGGCCAGACCCCCGGCAGCCCCGAGGAAGGGGCACCUGCAGGGUCCUGGCCCGGCCAAGACCUGGCUGCCAGCAGUGCCGACACAGGGUUCUCGCUCAACCUUUCGGAGCUGAGAGAAUACUCGGAGGGUCACGGCGAGCCUGCGGAUGCCGACGACUGUGCCCCGGCGUCCGGCCAGUCGGUCAUCUCUCUGCUGAGCUCGGAGGAAUUGAAGACGCUCAUUGAGGAAGUGAAGGUUCUGGAUGAAGCAACAUUAAAGCAACUGGACAGCACCCAGGUCACCGUCCUGCACAAGGAGGAGGGUGCUGGCCUCGGCUUCAGCCUGGCAGGGGGCUCGGAUCUGGAGAGCAAAGUGAUCACGGUUCACAGAGUAUUUCCCAACGGACUGGCCUCCCAGGAAGGGACUAUUCAGAAGGGCAACGAGGUUCUCUCCAUCAACGGCAAAUCUCUCAAAGGGGCCACCCACAGCGAAGCGCUGGCCAUCCUUCGCCAAGCUCGGGACGCCCGGCAAGCCGUGAUCGUCACCAGGAAGCUGGCGCCGGAGGCAACGCCCGACCUGAACUCCUCCACGGACUCUGCAGCCUCAGCCUCGGUGGCCAGUGACGUCUCCAUAGACUUGGCAGAGGCCGCCGUCUGCACGCUGACGCUUGAGAAAACCUCUGCAGGGCUGGGCUUCAGCCUGGAAGGAGGGAGGGGCUCCCUGCAAGGGGACAAGCCUCUCACCGUCAACCGGAUUUUCAAAGGGGCAGCCCCGGGACAGACUGAGACAGUCCAGCCAGGAGACGAAAUCCUGCACGUGGCCGGCACGGCCGUGCAGGGCCUCACGCGGUUCGAAGCCUGGAGCAUCAUCAAGGCGCUGCCUGACGGACCGGUCGCUGUUCUCGUCAGGAGGAAGGGCCCGCAGUCCCAGGGGACCGCAGCGGCUGGAAACCCGUAG